AUGUCCACCCCGACGCUCGGAAUCUUCCUCCCCCUCACAGCCAAGCCCGACCAAGCCGCCGCGCUCGGCCAGUUCCUCCUCGCCGGCUACGACAUCCUCGCGCCCGGCGUCGAGCCCGACACGCUCCAGUGGUUCGCCGUCAAGUACGCGUCCGGCGCGGAGCCCGUGUACGCCAUCUUCGACACCUUCGCCGCCGAGCCCGGCCGCCAGGCGCACUUCGCCGGGCCCGUCGCCGCCGCGCUCCAGGCGAACGCGGACGCGCUCCUCGCCAAGGCGCCCGACUUCGCGCACGCGCCGUGCGACGUCCUCGCGAGCCUCGUGCGCGCCGCGCCGGCCCCGGGGGCGGUCGCGAAGGGGCUCCAGAGCGGGCUCAGGGUGCUCGUCAGGGCGAAGCCGGAGAAGGUGGACGCGGUGCGCGAGUUCUUGAAGGGCGCGCUCCCGCUGGUCGAGGCCGAGCCGCUCACGGCGGCGUGGUACGCGAUCGAGUUCCCGGGCACGGGCGCGUUCGGGAUUGUCGACUUCUUCCCGUCCCAGGAGGGCCUCGACGCGCAUCUCAAGGGCGAGGUCGCCAAGGCGCUCUUCGCCAACGCCGACGCGCUCCUCACUCAGGCUCCCGACGUGAUGACGCUCGAGGUCGUCGCGGCGCUGGUCUAA